AGGAGUAAAGACUAAGGACCCUUGUGAGCUGUCUGAAAUGCUGGAUGCUAUGUAUUGUUAUAUUGUUACUUAUUAGAAUUUGCAACCCUUUAAAGAAAGUGUUUGGACUUUGCGUUGCUGACUUGUGUUGGUAGAUUUGGAGUACAAAUGAAAUGAUAAAGCUUUUAUGAAGAGGGAGUAAUUGUAAUUGAUUGUGGUAGUUGAGAAGUUGAGUUUAAUUGGAGAAGAAGUAGUAGAUAUGGCAACAAAACUCUUGCAUUCUUUAGCAGAUGACAACCCAGAUUUACAAAAGCAGAUAGGAUGCAUGAGUGGGGUUUUCCAACUCUUUGAUCGUCACCAAAUUGUUCCUGCUCGCCGCAUUAGCCCGAAGAGGCUUCCUUCAGGUAUUUCCCACCUCAAUUAUGACAGCCUAGAAAGAGGUUCUAAUGAUGUACACCAACGACAAUCGGCAUCUGAUAAGAGGGGUGUGAGUGAAAAACAAAGAAUUUCAACCGAAUCAUCAAGAACAUCAUUUUCUUCUUCUUGUUCAUCAUCAAUGUCCUCUUUGGAUAAUAAAGCUCAAGCAGAUGCUCCCUUUGACCGAAUUGUUUAUCCUAAAUCUCCUAUGAGGUACCCAGUUAUGAACCAAACUAGUACCUCUUCCCAUUUAGGAUCUCACUCCCUUGACCUGAGGGAUGUGGUGAAGGACUCUAUGUAUAGGGAGGCCAGAGGACUAUCCAAAGAAAGGGAUUCCCCAAGACAUUUUCCACUGUCCAAAUCUGUUGAAGGAAAACAAAACACGCCUAUUGAUCUAAAGGAAACCCUGCAAGUCCUUGCCAAACUCAGAGAAGCACCUAGGCAUUAUGUUGAGGCUAAAGAACUUCCAAGAUUAUCAUCUGAAGUAAAAGAUGGACAGUGGCAUUCCAUCUCAAAGGAUGCUCCUAGGUUUUCUUAUGAUGGAAAAGAAACAAGAGGUAUAUCUUUUGAAUCACAAUGUACCAUCAAAUGCUCACCUAAGCUAAAAGAGCUUCCUAGACUUUCACUUGACGGUAGGGAAGGUUCAUGGCACACACACAUCUCUGAUUCAAAACCAAGUUAUCUCUCAAGAAAUUUCAAUGUAGGUGGUGCCUCCACAUCUGUUGACAAUAUUUCUAGUCCACAACAUCCUUCAGCAUCCCAGGGCCGGCCACCUAGUGUUGUAGCAAAAUUAAUGGGCUUGGAAGCAUUGCCAGAAUCCUAUAUAGCCAGUGAUACUAUGUCAAGUCUGAGUAGUGAAAAUGGCUCAACACAAAGUAAUGAUCAGUUUAUGAAAAAUGGACUCUUCAGGCCACUUGGAGCUUCUAAUUCCCCCAAAAUCUCGUUGAAAGACACCACUUCGCCACGGUGGAAGAAUCCUGAUUUGGCUGGGAAACCAAUCUUAAGUUCAAGGCUUCCCAUUGAACCAGCACCUUGGAAGCAGCAGGAUGGAAACCAAAGCUCUGAGAGACUAACUUCCAGGGCCAUAAAAGCUACAGCAAGAACACCAGAUUCAUUUCCUUCAGUUUACAGUGAGAUUGAGAAGAGAUUGAGUGAUCUUGAAUUUAAACAAUCUGGAAGGGAUCUCAGAGCACUCAAACGGAUACUGGAAGCAAUGCAAGUAAAGGGACUAUUAGAGACCAGAAAAGAAGAACAAGCUUCAAAUGUUGGAAAUAAAAGAGACUUUGAACUAAAACCGAGUCCAAUUCAGCAUUCUAUUUCAUCAAGGCAACAAACAAUCAGUGGAUCUGCCUCUGCAAGGGCUUUAGAAUCACCAAUUGUGAUCAUGAAACCGGCAAGACUUAUUGAGAAAACUGGAAUUUCUGAUUCUUCAGUCUUUCCAAUUGGAGGACUUUCUAAUUCCCAUAAACUUCAGAGUGGUGCUUUACAUGCACAUGAUAAAAAGGAGUCGACAUCCGGUCAAAUAGCAAAGGAUCAAUCUCUUAAAACCAGUUAUAGGGAUGCUUCUACAAGUUUUAGUGAAAGGAAAGAAAAUAGUAUCAAGACUACAAAAUCAGCACAAUCUCAACAAAGGUCUAAACAAUUUCCAAAAGAAAAUGGCUCAAGUUCAGUAAGGAAUUCAGGAUCUGUUAGCCCAAUAAUGCAACAGAAGAAGAUGGAGUCAGAGAAGAAAUCUUGCCUGCCAUCCUCACCAUCAGAUUCAAAUAAAUCCAGAAGGCAGUCCUAUAAGCAGACAACAGAAUCACGUUCUCCCAGUCGAAAACUGAGACCUAAAGUCCAUAAUCCACAGUACAGUGAUGACCAACUUAGUGAGACUAGCAAUGAAUUGAGAAGUUUAAGUUGCCAAUGGGAUGAAAUAUCUCUGCAAUCAGAUACUAUCACUGUCGACUCAAAGAUGGAUAUUGAAGUCACUAGCAGUUUACAAUCUGCUGAAAUUAUUGAUAGCCAUAGCCCAUCUAUGAAGGCUAUUGAGCAUUUGGUUUCAGGAUCAAUGCAGACGAAAUCAACUAUGAGGUGGGAUGGGUAUGAGUCAAUUGCAGAACUUGCAACGGAUGCCCCUGAUCAUCCAAGUCUUGAUUCAGUUCUUGAUGACUCAGUAUAUAAAUAUGAUAUGUCAUCCCUAGUAAAUCGUACAUCCAAUGCUCCUAAAGUUGAUAAUGCUCAAGAAUCUAAAGAAAAUGAUAAUACAGAUCAGUGGAACCAUGCAGAUGGCUUCUUCAUUAUCAACACAAGAUAUAGAGAGAUCAACCGCAAGAAAUUGCAAAGCAUAGAUCGCCUUAUUCAAAAGCUUAGACAGCUAAACUCAAGUCAUGAUGAAACUAGAAUCGAUUACAUAGCUUCCCUUUGUGAAAAUACAAAUCCAGACCACAGAUACAUUGCUGAAAUACUAUUAGCUUCAGGUCUACUACUGAGAGCUAUGAGUUCUGAGUUGCUGACAUUUCAAAAUUACUCAUCAGUUCUUCCCAUUAACCCUGAGUUAUUCUUAGUGUUGGAGCAGAUCAAGUUAAGUAGUUUCCUUUCAAAAGAAGAAACCAGCCUUGGAAAAGUUGCUUGCAUGAAGCUAAAUACAGAGAAGUGGCACAGGAAACUCAUCUUUGAUGCUGUGAAUGAGAUUCUUGGUGAAAAAUUAGGCUCUUUUCUUGAGCCAUGGUUGAAGCAUAAUGGGCUAGCAACAAAAUUUGUCAGUGCACAAAAGCUUCUUAAAGAACUUUGCUUUGAGAUACAAAAACUUCAACCUUUGAAGGCAGAUUGCUGUUUAGAAGAUGAAGGGGAUGGUCUGAAAAGUAUGUUAUGGGAAGAUGUGAUGCGUCACUCAGUAAGAUGGACAGAUUUCCCUAGUGAAUUACCUGGGGUUGUGUUGGAUGUCGAGAGACUGAUAUUUAAGGACUUAGUUGAUGAGUUUCUGAUUGAUGAAGUUGCUAGUUUGCGAGUGAAGUAGUUCAUUCCAUUUGUUCCCUUAUUUAUGUGAAUCUCUAAAGCAUAAUUUUGUUAUUUAUAUAUAAUUUUUUUCGUGCCAAGCCAUAUAAGUUAGCAGAUUAAGAGUUUUGAUUAUUUUUGCUAUGUUGUGAAGCAACUUAACAUGAU